AUGUCUGAAGCUUCAGGCCCUGCUCCUGAAGAUGAAGAAGGCCCUGUAAAGGUGAAGGAGGAAGGUCCCACUUGGGAGCAGACAUGUGGCUCACAGGACAAGAGCAGCUCCCACACUCAGGAGCUUUGCCGCCUACGAUUCCGGCAGUUUUGCUACCAUGAGGCUUCUGGACCUCGUGAAGCUCUGGCUCAACUCCGAGAACUUUGCUAUCAAUGGCUGAGGCCAGAGAUACACACCAAAGAGCAGAUCCUGGAGCUACUGGUGCUGGAGCAAUUCCUGACCAUCCUGCCUGGGGCGCAUCAGGUCUGUGGCCAGGCACAUCAUCUCCAGAGUGGAGAGGAGGCAGUGACAGCGCUGGAGAAUCUACUGGCAGAACCUGGAGACAUGGGAAAAAAGGCCUCAGUCUACAUUCAAGGACAGGAUGUACAUCUAGCUGUGACUGAGUAUCAAGGAGCCUCUUUGGAGUGUCAGCACCUCCAGUUCCUGCCCAGGGUAACCACCUUAAAGUGUGAACCUCCAGAGCUCCACAUCCAAGAAGUGAGUGGGCCUGCUCCCAAGCGGUCUGCCCUAUGGGAAGAAAACUCCAGAGACCGGGUAACAGUGCCUGUGUUGAACUCUGCCAGGCCCCAGGCAUCAGUGAAGACUGAGGAAGAAGCAGCCCAGGCCCUUGCCUCCCAGACGUGCCCACAUUUGAGUCUGGCUCAGAGGGACCUCUAUGGGGACUCAGCUCUGGAGAAGGUUACAAGCCUUGGUCUGAAGACUGAAGAAGUUGUGGCUAAAGAUGGAUUGUUUUGUGCAAAGCAGGAAAUUUCUGAAGAAAUGGAGCCAAGUGAAGUGACCUCAGGAAUGGCUACCAGAUAUUGUGUACCCCAGAUCUCUUAUAGUACUUCUGCCCCUUCUGAAAGGACAGUUGCACAGUUGAACACUCUGAAGGACCGUCACCCAGGUGACUUGUGGGCCCGGAUGCACAUUUCAUCAUUGGAAUAUGCUGCAGGUGAUAUUACCCGCAAAGGGAGAAAAAAAGACAAAGCUCGAGUGAGUGAGCUGCUCCAAAGCCUUGCAUUUUCUGGUGACUCAGAUGUGGAUGAAGAAAAUGAACCUGAAACCCAGCCUGCUCAAAAGAAGCUGAAGGUAUCAAUUGUCUCAGAGCAGAAUUGGACCAAAAGAGACAUUAAACCCAGUUUCCCAAGAUGGUCACCAGUGGAUUUUGGACUUCUGAAUCUCAAGAAUGAAAAGUUGAACCCAGUUGAACUCUUUGAAUUAUUUUUUGAUGAUGACACUUUCAAUAUGAUUGUCAAUGAAACCAACAAUUAUGCUUCUCAGAAAAAUGUCAGUUUGGAAGUCACAGUUCAGGAAAUGAAGUGCGUGUUUGGUGUCCUGCUUUUGAGUGGAUUUAUGAGGCGUCCUAGAAGGGGAAUGUAUUGGGAAAUCUCUAAUGCUGAUCAGAAUCUGGUUAGAGAUGCAAUUAGAAGGGACAGAUUUGAAAUAAUUUUUUCAUACCUACAUUUUGCAGAUAAUAGCCACCUAGACCAAAAAGAUAAGUUUACAAAAUUGAGACCUCUCAUAAAGCAAAUGAAUAAAAAUUUUCUCUUGUAUGCUCCCUUAGAAGAAUACUAUUGCUUUGAUAAGUCCAUGUGUGAAUGCUUUGAUACUGACCAGUUCCUGAAUGGAAAACCUAUUAGAAUUGGCUAUAAAAUUUGGUGUGGCACAACCACACAGGGUUAUCUGGUUUGGUUUGAGCCCUAUCAAGAAGAAUCAGCUGUGGAGACAGAUAAGGAUCUUGGUCUUGGUUUAGGUGGGAAUCUAGUUAUGAACUUUGCUGAUGUUCUUUUAGAGAAAGGCCAAUAUCCCUACCACCUGUGUUUUGAUAGCUUCUUUACAAGUGUCAAAUUGGUGUCAGCCUUGAAAAAGAAGGGACUGAGGGCAACAGGAGCAAUUCAUGAAAACAGAAUUGAAAGAUGUCCCCUUAUGAAUACAGAACACAUGAAAAAAAUGAAGAAGGGGUAUUUUGAUUUUCACGUGGAAGAAAAUGAUGAGAUAAUCUUGUGUCGCUGGCAUGGUGAUGACAUUAUUAGUCUGUGCUCCAAUGCUGUAGGCAUAGAACCCAUGAAUGAAAUAAGUUGUUGUUUUGCUGAUGAUGAGAGCCUUCAGAUAAGUCAGCCAUCCAUAGUGAAACUAUAUGGGGAAUGCAGGGAAGGUGUUGCUAAAAUGGAUCAAAUCAUUUCCAGAUAUAGAGUGAGGAUAAAAAGCAAGAAAUGGUACUCAAUUUUAGUAACCUACAUGAUUGAUGUAGCCAUGAACAAUGCAUGGCAACUACACAAAGCCUGUAAUCCAGGUGCUUCUCUAGACCUCUUGGAUUUUUGGAAAUGUGUUGCACAUUUCUACUUGGAGGACAACGCUAAUCUUUCGGAUUAA